AUGCCGGUCCGCAGGGGCCACGUCGCGCCCCAAAACACUUACCUGGACACCAUCAUCCGGAAGUUCGAGGGCCAGAGUCGUAAGUUCCUGAUCGCCAACGCUCAGAUGGAGAACUGUGCCAUCAUUUACUGCAACGACGGCUUCUGUGAACUCUUCGGCUACUCCCGAGUGGAAGUGAUGCAGAGACCGUGCACCUGCGACUUCCUCACAGGCCCCAACACCCCGCGCAGUGCCAUGUCCCGCCUAGCACAGGCCCUGCUGGGGGCCGAGGAGUGCAAGGUGGACAUCCUCUACUACCGCAAGGAUGCCUCCUGCUUCCGCUGCCUGGUGGAUGUGGUGCCCGUGAAGAACGAGGACGGGGCGGUCAUCAUGUUCAUCCUCAACUUCGAGGACCUGGCGCAGCUCCUGGCCAAGCGGGGGAGCCGCAGCCUGUCCCAGCGCCUGCUGCGACAGAGCUUUCUGGGCUCGGACGGCUCUCAUGGCAGGUCGGGGGCGCAGGGACCUGGGGCGGGCAGGGUCAAGUACAGGACCAUCAGCCAGAUCCCGCAGUUCACACUCAACUUUGUGGAGUUCAACCUGGAGAAGCACCGCUCCGGCUCCACUACGGAGAUUGAGAUCAUCGCGCCCCACAAGGUGGUGGAGCGGACCCAGAACGUCACCGAGAAGGUCACCCAGGUCCUGUCCCUGGGAGCGGACGUGCUGCCGGAGUACAAGCUGCAGGCCCCUCGCAUCCACCGGGGCACCCUCCUGCACUACAGCCCUUUCAAGGCCGUGUGGGACUGGCUCAUCCUGCUGCUGGUCAUCUACACGGCCGUCUUCACGCCCUACUCGGCCGCCUUCCUGCUCAGCGACCAGGACGAGUCUCAGCGUGGGGACUGCGGCUACACCUGCAGCCCGCUCACCGUGGUGGACCUCAUUGUGGACAUCAUGUUUGUGGUGGACAUCGUCAUCAACUUCCGCACCACCUACGUCAACACCAAUGACGAGGUGGUCAGCCACCCCCGCCGCAUCGCCGUCCACUACUUCAAGGGCUGGUUCCUCAUCGACAUGGUAGCCGCCAUCCCCUUCGACCUGCUCAUCUUUCGCACUGGCUCUGACGAGACCACAACCUUGAUCGGACUGCUGAAGACAGCGCGGCUGCUACGGCUGGUGCGUGUGGCUCGGAAGCUGGACCGCUACUCUGAGUAUGGGGCGGCCGUGCUCUUCCUGCUCAUGUGCACCUUUGCGCUCAUCGCGCACUGGCUGGCCUGCAUCUGGUAUGCUAUCGGCAACGUGGAGCGGCCCUACCUGGAGCCCAAGAUCGGCUGGUUGGACAGCCUGGGCGCGCAGCUUGGCAAGCGCUACAACGGCAGCGACCCAGCCUCGGGCCCCUCGGUGCAGGACAAGUAUGUCACCGCCCUGUACUUCACCUUCAGCAGCCUCACCAGCGUGGGCUUUGGCAACGUCUCCCCCAACACCAACUCCGAAAAGGUCUUCUCCAUCUGCGUCAUGCUCAUUGGCUCCCUCAUGUAUGCCAGCAUCUUCGGCAACGUGUCGGCCAUCAUCCAGCGCCUGUACUCGGGCACGGCGCGCUACCACACGCAGAUGCUGCGGGUCAAGGAGUUCAUCCGCUUCCACCAGAUUCCCAACCCGCUGCGGCAGCGCCUCGAGGAGUACUUCCAACACGCCUGGUCCUACACCAAUGGCAUCGACAUGAACGCGGUGCUGAAGGGCUUCCCCGAGUGCCUGCAGGCCGACAUCUGCCUGCACCUGCAUCGCGCACUGCUGCAGCACUGCCCCGCCUUCCAUGGCGCCAGCAAGGGCUGUCUGCGCGCGCUGGCUGUCAAGUUCAAGACGACGCAUGCGCCGCCCGGGGACACGCUGGUGCACCUCGGCGAUGUGCUCUCCACGCUCUACUUCAUCUCCCGCGGCUCCAUCGAGAUCCUGCGCGAUGAUGUGGUGGUGGCCAUCCUCGGAAAGAAUGACAUCUUUGGAGAGCCCGUUAGCCUCCAUGCCCGGCCGGGCAAGUCCAGCGCAGAUGUACGGGCCCUGACCUACUGUGACCUGCACAAGAUCCAGCGGGCAGACCUGCUGGAGGUGCUGGACCUGUACCCUGCCUUCGCAGACAGCUUCUGGAGUAAGCUGGAAGUCACCUUCAACCUGCGGGACGCAGGCGGUGGUCUCCAGUCAUCACCCCAACAGGCUCCAGGCAGUCAAGACCACCAGGGCUUCUUCCUCAGUGACAACCAGUCAGGUGCAGCCCCUUCCCUGAGCAUCUCAGACGCAUCUGGCCUCUGGCCUGAGUUGCUGCAGCAAGUCCCCCCCAGGCCAAGUCAGAGCCCCCCAAACCCUCAGGGAGACUCAGACUGCUGGCCUCGGGAGCUAGGCUCCAGGCUAGAGCAGCUCCAGGCCCAGAUGAACAGGCUGGAGUCCCGCAUGUCUUCAGACCUCAGCCGCAUCCUGAAGCUCCUUCGGCAGCCCCUUCCCCAGGACCGCACUGGCUACGUCUUGGGAGCCUCCGCCUCCAAUGACCUGGCCUUGUUCCCGGCAAGCUCAGCGACUCAGAGUCCAGGAACCCAGCGGCCCCGGGGCGACCCACCCCCGGCACAGAUGCCCAGCUAUGGUGACACGGAUGAAUGGAGGCCAGAGCUCAGGAACUCUUCCUCUAGGAUGCCCCCCUCUGCCAUGGAAAUGGACAGAACUCUGACACUGUCCUCGGAGCAGAAGCAGCCCGAGGGGCUCCCGUCACCCCUGGCCUCCCCUCUGUGUCCCUUGGAGGUACAGGGGCUUGUCUGUGGUCCCCGCUUCCCCUCCCUACCUGAACACCUCAGCUCUGUGCCCAAGCAGUUGGAGUUCCAGAGACAUGGCUCAGAUCCUGGGUUUGCAAGGAGCUAG